AUGAUCAUUCGACGCCUAAGUUGUUACCUUGUCUACAUAGUGAUCCCAUAUCAGCAAGGGGUUAUCACCAUAGGAAGAUUAGUCGGCACGACGUCCUUUACCCCAGAUGAAUAUUCGAAGAUUUUGGAAUGUAAAAACCUCAUAGAAGACCGACAACGAGGCAAGAAUGGAUACGACUUGUCGUUCGAAUGCCGUCAAGGGCAGCACGCAAAGGAAGGCCAUUUGGAUGCGAAAGAAAAAAAGAAUUCGUCAAUGACGUUGAAUUACUUGGAGAUCUAA